ACUGAGAAACUAAAGUCCACAGCAAACAGAGAAGUCUUUGAUAGCAAGACCGGUGAAAAAACUAUGAGCGGGUCUCCAGUUUUAUUAAACAAACAUGAGGUCGAGCGUUUGCUCUCUUAUGAUGAUCUGAUUCUCAGACUGGAGUCUGUGAUGGGAAAGUUUUCUAAACGGGACAGUUCAGAAAUAAUCCAGCCUGUGAGAUCUGUGGUCCCUAUACAACAACACAGUGGGUUUUUGGGCGUUAUGCCUGCAUAUUUGGCCGCUGACGGUAUUUUAUGCACUAAGAUGGUGACCUUCUACCAGCGUGCAGAGGGCUCCAGUUUACCAUCGACUCAAGCAACUGUAUUACUCUUUCAUCCCGAGCAUGGAAAUGUGACAGCGAUCAUGGAUGGGGAGGCCAUCACAGCCAAACGAACUGCAGCAGUAUCAGCCAUAUCAGCUAAACUGUUCAAGCCAGCUCUUUCAGAAGUGUUGUGCAUCCUUGGUUCAGGGCAGCAGGCUAGAAGCCACUAUGAUGUCUUUACAAAGCUCUUCAAGUUCAAAGAGGUCCGUGUGUGGAGCAGAAGGAAAGAAACGGCUCAGUGGUUUGUUAAAGAUCUCCAAGAUCCUGUAACAGUUUGUUCUUCAGUGCAGGAGGCUGUGAUAGGAGCUGAUGUAAUAGUGACUGCCACAGGUGCAAGUCAGCCCAUACUCUUUGGCGAGUGGGUCAAACCAGGUGCACACAUAGCAGCGGUUGGUGCUUGUCGGCCAGACUGGAGGGAACUGGAUGAUGUCUUGAUGAGAGAGGCUGUGGUGUAUGUGGACAGCAGAGAGGGGGCGACCACAGAGUCAGGAGACAUUAUUCUGUCUGGAGCUGAAGUAUUCGCAGAGCUCGGAGAAGUUCUAAAUGGAUGCUUUCCUGCUCAGCGUGAGAAGACUACGGUAUUCAAGUCACUGGGAAUGGGGAUACAAGAUGCCGUCUCAGCCAAACUUGUGCUGGAGAAGUGGAACAGUGAACAUUGAAGACCCAAGCACAGCUUCCUCUGCUGAUUUCACAGUUGUCUUGUCUUGCCUUAUACACAAGAGGCAAAAAUUGGAAGCACACAAUUGCCUAGAAUAUAAUUAUAUGCGUAAACAUUAUGGAAAUUACUCAAGUAGUCAAACCUGUUUAUUAGAAGGGGGUGUCCCAACACUUCCGUGCAUGAAGUGUACAUGGAAAACCAAGAACAAAGAAAAAUGUUUUUAUAUUUGGUUUCUUUUUACAGACAUAAAGGUUAAUGCACUGUAGCAUUAGUGGAGACAAUAAAAGCACAAAUAAAGCAUUUUAAAUGUUUUAAAAAGUUACAGAUCUGUCAAAAUUAAAAUGUCCAUGUGGCAAAUUCCAACCAUUUAGUCUUGAACCCUGUCUGAAAUCCAAUUAGAAGUUUAAUACUUAAUGUCUGUACCUGUACAACAAACCAUUUAUACAUAUUGUCUUCAAGGGGAUCUUUCAAGAAUAUGAACCCCAUGCCAUAGUGUUGAGGUGUCUACAGUACAGAAACUUCUGACAUGCUCAGCUUUGCAGGGAAACCCUGGUCUGAUACUGAUACUAGGCACAGGUAGAUCUGUCAUCAAAAUACAAUACUGGGACUCUAAAAUGGUUAAAACACUGUCCGACUCCUCCAAAAGCCUGACUUAAAUACAGAGAGAGAUUAAUAAAAGAGAUUUGCCCUUCUGAAUAUUCAUAUACAGUAGUUAAAAUAUGCUAUAUGCUGACAAAAAGCGGUUAUAUGCAUUUUAACUACCGCAGGUUUGUUUCUUGUACAGUUAAACAAAAUAAAAUCUCUAGCAUGGAAAC